ACCUCAUCAUCUCAAAUAACCUCAACCCUCAUAAAUUUUCUCUUCCUUCAAACAUUUUCUCCAAAUUUAACAUUUCUUAAUUCGUUCCUAUUCAGAAGCAUUAACUUGAUUUGUGCAUUUGAUUCGUUAAUUAAGAUGGAGAAAGUGUUGAGGAUGGCCUCAGAGAAGGGUGUGGUGAUUUUCACCAAGAGCUCUUGCUGCAUGUGCUAUGCAGUCAAAAUUCUGUUUCAUGAACUUGGGGUGAUCCCAGCCGUUUAUGAAAUCGACAAAGAUCCUGAAGGCAAGGAAAUGGAGAGGGCUAUCACUAGGAUGGGUUGCACUGCACCUGUCCCUGCAGUUUUCAUCGCUGGGAAGCUCGUGGGCUCCACAAAUGAAGUCAUGUCACUCCACCUCAGUGGUUCCUUGAAUCCACUGCUCAAACCAUACAUAAGAUCAUCAGCUCUAGCUUGAAGAUGCAAAAGCAUGUUGUUCCUGCAUGCUUAGUGCUACUUUAUUGGGAAGAAAUAAACAGAGUGAUGUCUGAAUUAGUAACUAUUGUUCUAGUAAUCAAUGGUGUCUAUGAUGUGAUAAAUAUGUUAAGUAGUUUAAUUUCUAGCAUUUGAUUAGUUAUAAUGUAUAAUAUGCUGCAUAUUAAUUCUUAAUUAAUCUAUUUCUAUUUAUAUGUA